AUGGGCACUCUGAACGGACUAUUCAGAUACUUGAGGAUUUAUUGCGAGCUUGUGUCAUGGACUUUGGAGGUUCAUGAAGCAGAAAAGUUACCAGAUCCUAAGCGUCAGGAUGUUACAUUUCAGAAAGGAGAUCAUGUAUUCAUGCGUGUAUCACUAAUGAAGGGUGUCAAGCAUUUUGGAAAGAAAGGCAAGUUAAGUCCAAGGUUUAUUGGACCUUUUGAAAUACUUGAAAGGAUCGGACAGGUAGCAUACCGGUUGGCCUUGCCACCAACAUUGUCAGUUGUGCACAAUGUAUUUCAUGUCUCAAUGUUGAGAAAGUACGUAUCUGAUCCAAUGCAUAUUCUGAGUUACAAAGCCUUGGAGUUGCAACCAGACAUGUCUUAUGAUGAGCAACCAGUACAAAUUCUGGAUAGAAAGGAGAGAGUCCUUCGAACCAAAACCAUAGCAUUGGUUAAAGUACUCUGGAAGAAUAGUAAAGUAGAAGAAGCCACUUGGGAGUUGGAAUCUGACAUGAGGACUCAGUAUCCAGAGCUAUUCAGGACCUUCGUUCAACUUGAAGAUUUUCCAUUCAAGUCGACCGGCAUGCUUGAAUCUGGAAUGAGGUAA